AUGACAAAUAAUGAUUAUCAUCCUGAAGCUUCAAUUCGUUGUGUAGAAUGUAGUCAAAUUUUAACACAAUCAAAUGAAGAAGAUGGUUUAAUAUUUUGUAUUCAUAAUGGAGUUGCAAUUGGUAAACAAAUUUAUUUUUAUUUUUCUGAACAAGUUGAGAAGCUGAAAAAUUAUGAAUUUUACUUGAAAAGUUAUAAUCAUAUUUCUCAUCGAUCAAUUCAAGGAAAAAAAGGUCUUUCCCCAUUGUCGACUCUAUUACAAAUUCCAGAUCAAACUCCAUACGAUUCAAUGCAUCUUAUUUAUCAUGGACACGUAAAAACAUUAUUAAAAUUAUGA